AUGGGGAAAAAGAAUAACAAGAAAGCAGGAGGGGAUAUCUGGGAUGAUGAGGAUAUGCUAGACGAGCAACCACAAGCGGAAGAAUUUGGAACUACUGAAACAACCGAAACAACUGGAGCCGCCUCAGAAGAAGCGGCACCACCAGCAGCUACUGGGCCGGAAGAGGCAUCUGCAGAUGACAUUGCUGGAGAUUUCCUAGGCUCGAUCCGUAAAACAAAGUCCAAGAAAGCCAAAAAGGAGGAGGAAAAGGCUAAAGAAGAAACCAAUGGAGGGGCCAAAAUCUUGUCCAAGAAGGAGAAGGAGAAGUUGAAGAAAGAAGCUGAAAAGCAAAAAAAGAAAGAAUUGGCCCAAAAGAAGAAAGAACAGCAGGCAAGUAAAAAGGAACAGAUCAAGGAAGCAAAUAAGCAAAAUGCAGCUUCGACUUCGGCAUCGGCUACUCCUGAACCAGAAGAAACAAAGAUUGAAGAGGAGCAUAAACCCAAACCAGCAAAGAAAGGAAAGAAAGCACCAGCUGGUCUCGCAGCUUUGAAAAAACAAUUGGAAUUGAAAAAACAAUUGGAGGAAGAGCAGCGUAGGCUAGACGAGGAGGAGGAGCAGCGUAGAUUAGAAGAAGAGAAAUUGGCAGCAGAGGAAGAGGCCCAAAGGGAGGCUGCUAAAGCCGCCAAGAGGGAACGCGAUAGAUUGAAGAAAGAACAGCUUAAAGCAGAAGGUAAGUUGUUAACAAAGAAACAAAAAGAGGAGAAGAAAUUACAAGAACGUCGUCGUGCUCAAUUGCUACAAGCUGGAAAUAUUAUUGUUCCUGGAUUGCAAAAAGACGAUGCCGAUGGAGAAACGCCAAAACCGAAAAAGGUUGUUUAUGGCAAAAAGAAAUCAACCAAACCAAAGACCUUUGUUCAAAAACCACAAGAUCUUGCUAAACAGAAGAAGCAAGAAAAGGAGGAGGAGGAAGAGGAAGAAGCUUUGGUUGAUGAUUGGGAGAAAAUGGCAUUGGACAGUGAUGAGGACGCAGCUGUAGAGAAAGAAACAAAUGAAGUUGCUGAAGAAGAGGAAGAGGAGCAGGAGGAGGACAACGAAUCUGAAAACCAAGCUCAAGCUGAAGCUGAAAGGAAAAAGAAAGCUGAAGAAGAAGCUGCUGCUGCUGCUGCUGCUGCUGCUUCCGCCAAGGUGGAACGUGAAAGACAAGAGCAAGAAGAAAAGGCCAGGCAGCAAGCUGUUUCUCACAAAAAGUCAAGCAGUCCUUCAGAGAAAGAAUUGCGUUCACCAAUUUGCUGUAUUCUUGGUCAUGUUGAUACCGGUAAAACCAAAUUGUUGGACAAAAUCCGUCAAACAAAUGUUCAAGGUGGUGAAGCGGGUGGUAUAACUCAACAAAUUGGUGCAACAUAUUUCCCAGUUGAGGCAAUCAAGCAAAAGACUGCUGUUAUGGCUCAAUACGAGAAGCAAAUUUUCGAAGUGCCUGGGUUAUUGAUCAUUGAUACCCCAGGUCACGAGUCGUUCACCAACUUGAGAUCUCGUGGUUCUUCAUUAUGUAACAUUGCCAUUUUGGUUAUUGAUAUCAUGCACGGUUUGGAACAACAAACUAUCGAAUCUAUAAGACUUCUUAGAGACAGGAAAGCUCCUUUUGUUGUUGCAUUGAACAAAAUUGAUAGGUUGUAUGACUGGAAAGCAAUUCCAAACAACUCAUUCAGAGAUUCGUUUGCAAAGCAAUCCAAAUCAGUGCAACAAGAGUUUCACAAUAGGUAUGAUCAAAUCAAAUUGGCUCUUGCAGAACAAGGUUUGAACUCUGAGUUGUACUUUCAAAACAAAAACAUGUCGAAAUAUGUGUCUAUAGUGCCCACAUCGGCCGUCACUGGUGAAGGUGUUCCAGAUUUGUUGUGGUUGUUGUUGGAGUUGACUCAAAAGAGAAUGUCGAAGCAAUUGAUGUACUUGUCAAAGAUUGAAGCUACCAUUUUGGAAGUCAAGGUUGUUGAAGGUUUUGGUUACACCAUUGAUGUAGUCUUGUCCAAUGGUAUUUUGAGAGAGGGUGAUCGUAUUGUAUUGUGUGGUUUGAAUGGACCUAUAGCGACGAAUAUCAGAGCCCUUUUGACACCACCACCUUCAAGAGAAUUGCGUAUCAAGUCUGAAUACGUUCAUCACAAGGAAGUUAAGGCUGCAUUGGGUGUCAAGAUUGCUGCUAAUGAUUUGGAGAAAGCUGUGGCUGGUUCAAGGUUGCUUGUUGUUGGUGAAGAUGAUGAUGAGGAGGAUUUGAUGGACGAAGUUAUGGAUGACUUGACUGGAUUAUUAGAUUCUGUUGACACUUCCGGAAAGGGUGUCGUGGUCCAAGCUUCUACCUUGGGUUCAUUGGAAGCCUUGUUGGAUUUCUUGAAGGAUAUGAAAAUUCCCGUCAUGUCCAUUGGAUUGGGUCCUGUGUAUAAGAGAGAUGUUAUGAAGGCGGUCACAAUGUUGGACAAAGCCCCAGAGUUGGCUGUCAUGUUGUGUUUUGAUGUCAAGGUUGAUAAAGAGGCCGAACAUUAUGCUGAGGAAAACAACAUCAAGAUAUUCAAUGCUGAUAUUAUCUACCACUUGUUUGAUGCAUUUACUGCCUACCAAAGCAAAUUAUUAGAGGCACGUCGUAAAGAAUUCAUGGAGUAUGCUGUUUUGCCAUGUGUUUUGAAAACUAUACAGAUUAUCAACAAGAGGAAUCCAAUGAUUAUUGGUGUUGAUGUCAUUGAAGGUGCUGUACGUAUUGGUACUCCAAUCUGUGCUGUGCGUCAAGACCCUGUAACUAAACAGCCAAAUAUCAUGGUUUUGGGUAAAGUAACUUCAUUGGAAGUUAACCACAAGCCUGCUGAUUCAGUGAAGAAGGGUCAAACUGCCGCUGGUGUGGCAAUGAGAUUGGAGAAUCCAUCGUCAGCCCAACCUACAUGGGGACGUCAUGUUGAUGAGAGUGACAAUUUGUACUCAUUGAUUACUCGUAAAUCAAUUGAUACUUUGAAGGAUCCUGCAUUCAGAGACACGGUAUCAAGAGAUGAUUGGUUGUUGAUUAAGAAGUUGAAGUCAGUUUUUGAUAUUAAGUAA